AUGGCCACCCGCCGGUGGUACCUCGAGACCUCCCCGGACGGCAAAUACCAGUUCGUCUCCCUCAAGCGCUCUCGUUCUCAUCACCACUACGACCGCCACCAUCACCACCGCCAUCACCAUGAACAGCCAGCCCCGGUACCGGCACCGGCACCGACGCCAGUGCCACCAGUCCACCACUGCUGCCGCGACGACUGCGCGCACAUCACCGCACCAGAAUGGAACGACCUCGUAGAUCGCGAACGCAAGCUCCGCGAGGCAAACGACCUCCUCAAUCGCGAAAACUACACUCUAAAAUGCAGCCUCCAGGCCUCCGACGUCGAAGGGCAUCGCCUCUCCGCGCUCCUCAUCUCGUCGCAGGCAGAGAACCAGCUCCUCCGCGAAGACAACGCCAGCCUGCGCCGCACGAUGGAGAGCUCGGGCGGCAACGCGGCAAAAUACCUGCGCGAGGUCGAGAGGUUGAAGCAUAAGCUGGCAAAAGUGGAGAGGGAGCUGGCGGCGAGGUUGCGGCAUGGUUUGCACCAUCACGGGCAUGGGGUGGCGGAGCGGAUCGAGGAGCUCAAGAGGAUUGUGCACGCGUGGGAGGGCAAGUUUGAUGUUGUCGAGGAUCAGAAUCAGAGGUUGAGAAGGGACGUUGACGCGCAGCGCCGCGUUAUUGCGAGCCGGGAUGAGAGGAUUCGCGAGUAUGAGCGCGUCUUACGUCGUCAUGGCUUUUAUACGGUAUGA